CUCCUCCUCUAUCAGACAGGCUGCUGCUGCUGCUGAGGAAACACAGUCAGAGGAAUUAUGCCCUGCCCAUCGGUGGCUUUGCCUGUUUGAUGAGGUGACCUAUGCAUACCAAGUGGUUGUAAGUCCGGGGAUAUCCCCCGUGUUUUUUGUUUAGCAUGAGCAUGGAAGAUUAUGACUACCUGUUCAAAAUAGUACUGAUAGGAAAUGCCGGAGUUGGGAAGACAUGUCUGGUCCGGCGCUUUACUCAGGGCCUUUUCCCUCCAGGACAAGGGGCUACUAUUGGAGUCGAUUUCAUGAUUAAAACGGUGGAAAUCAAAGGGGAGAAGGUCAAGCUGCAGAUAUGGGACACAGCUGGACAGGAGAGAUUUCGCUCCAUUACUCAGAGUUAUUACCGCAGUGCCAAUGCCCUCAUUCUUACGUACGACAUUACCUGUGAGGACUCCUUCAGGUGCCUUCCAGAGUGGCUGAGGGAGAUCGAGCAGUAUGCCAACAACCAGGUGGUGACUAUAUUAGUCGGUAAUAAAAUAGAUCUGGCAGAAAAGAGGGAGGUUCUCAGACAGAGGGCUGAAGACUUUGCCGAGUCUCAGAGCAUGCUGUACCUGGAGACCUCAGCCAAAGAAUCCGACAACGUCGAGAAACUUUUCCUUGACCUGGCCUGCGAACUCAUCCGAGAAGCCAAGCAGAACAAGCUGGAUAACAAUGACACUGCCCCGAUGCUCGGCGAGGGUAAAACCAUCAGUUAUUUGACUUGCUGCAGCAUCAAUUAAAAAAAGAGUUGAGCCUUGUGGCCGUGGUAACUCAGUAGCCAUUGACUGAAGAGGGCAGAUGGCUGAAUCACAAUGCCUCCGUCCCUCUAAGAUGGCAGAAAGCCACUUUUACUCCGUCAUUUCUAGAUCCAUGCCUUUUUAAGCUGUACAAGGGAGAUAGUCGACUUUAGUUUGGCCUUCCAGGACAAACAUUUUAAGAUUCUGUCAUCAUGGAGAAAAUUUUCCUCAAUGCUACUACAUAAAAAAGUAUUUCUGAAUAAUACAUCCAGGAAUCUGAGUAGGGCUCCAUUUCAUCAUCUUCAUGGUGGAAUGGCAGUUUUUUUUGUUCGGGUUUUCCAUUUCCAUUAAACACCAAUGUUCACCAGCAGUGUUACGUGAGUAAAAGGUCAACCAGGUAUUUUGUUACAGAUUCCACAUAACUAACAUCAGGUGUCAUGAUCAUAGGAGGUUAUCUGUAAAUGAUAACUAUGUUUACAUACAGUAGGUUUUGGAGAAAAAAAAUCUGACCAAUUUGCAAAAAUAGUUUUGCAAAUUUAGCCUGAAAUCUGUUGCACAAUCACUUUUUCCCCACUAGUUUCUUUUGCUCUGAUUAUUGCGUUUUAAAUAGUUUUGGUAAUUUCAUUCUGGGUCGUUUUUUUUAUGCACCUGUUCAUUGCAAACUGUGAAACACGUGUUCCCAUUGGAAUUAUUUGAAUUGCUGCUAAAAUAUGUUUUAUU